UUCCUGGCCUCAAAUGAUCCUCCCACCUCAGUCUCCCAAGUUGCUGGGAUUACAGGUGUGAGCCACCACACCUGGCUACCUUAAUUAUUGAAACACUUAAUGUUGGGAAGAUGAAAAGUUCUGAGGUUCUGGAGAUGAUAGUGGUGGACAAACAACAAUGUACAUGUCCUUCAUACCACCAAACGGUACAUUUAAGAAUGGUUAAAAUGGUAAAUUUUGUUAUAUAUGUUUUAGCACAAUAAAAAACUGUUAAUUGUAAUGGUGUAAAUCUCAAACUACAAACUCAAGAAAUGUAAUUUCCUUUAUUUUAACAUAAAUGAACACAAUUUUGUUUUACACUUGAUCUAAGUCAAGCAGGAUUUUCCUCCUUUUUCUUCCCCCAGUUGGAUGCAAGUUCUGAUAUUCUUUUGCAAUGCCAGGGAAUUGGUUUGGGGUGGGAUUAAGGACAAGCCAUUUGGCCCUUAAUAUCAAGUCAUGCUGGGGUCCAGUGAGACCUUCGUCACUCUACCUAACCGUAAGCAGGUUACCUUGGAGAUAGCCCUUGUUUCUCUAUGCAUAUAACCCUCUCCACCAUCUCUACUCCCCACUGGGGUAUUUGGAAAUCAUUCUGGUGCUUUCAUGCUCUUUGCUUUUUUAGGUUUGCCAAAGGCCAGUCUCCCACUGUGGUUUUAGGCGCACAUUCUCUCUCAAAGAAUGAGGCCUCCAAACAAACAUUUAAGAUUAAAAAAUUCAUACCAUUCUCAAGAUUUACAUCAAAUCUUCCAUCAAAUGAUAUCAUGCUGGUUAAGCUUCAAACAGCCGCAGAACUCAACAAGCAUGUCCAGCUGCUACACCCAAGCUCCAAAACCUCUCUUAGAUCUGGAACCAAAUGCCAGGUUACUGGCUGGGGAGCCACCGACCCAGAUUUAUUACAACCUUCUGAUACCCUACAAGAAGUCACUGUUACUGUCUUAAGUCGAAAACUUUGCAACAGCCAAAGUUAUUACAACCACGACCCUUAUAUCACCCAAGACAUGGUUUGUGCAGGAGAUGCCAAAGGCCAGAAGGACUCCUGUAAGGGUGACUCAGGGGGCCCACUGAUCUGUAAAGGUGUCUUCCAUGCCAUAGUCUCUGGAGGUGAUCAAUGUGGUGUUGCCAAGAAGCCUGGAAUCUACACCCUGUUGACCAAGAAAUACCAGAAUUGGAUCAAAAGCAACCUUGCCCCAUCUCAUGCAAAUUAAGUUACAAAUGAUUUUCUUGGAUGCACUUGCUUCUUUUUCCCUAAUACGCUCACAGGUUAUAGUUGGAUGGAAAUAAAGCAGAGCACAGAUGGGGUUCAUUUUGCAUCUGUAUUUUAUUAAGCAAUCAAGUUCUUUCUCACUUGUAUCACUCAGGUAUUUCUACCUUGCUGGUUUGAUUUUAAAUAAAAUUUAGAAGACUCUCUG